GAUCUGUGUUCUGGAUAUCGCUGGUAGAGGAAUAGGAUCAUCGUAAUGCUCGUUGGAAAAGCCUCACCGAACGCGUCAAACACCCCAAGACAACACCCUCACAAAUUAAUAGGCACCUCCAGUUAACAAAACGCCCAUCACUUCCCUCUCUUUACCUUCACAACAAAUCACUACACUACCAAAUCAUCAAACACUCUCACUGCAGCAACAACAACAACAACAACAACAACAACAACUUCCCUCUCUCACUGCUUCUCUGCUAGUUAUAUCAUCAGACAGUUGGGUUAGACACACAGAGAAAAAGAAUCCCAAUGCGCCUGUCCCAAUCCUCACACCAUUUUCCUUUUGGAUUCUCUCUCCUCAACUAAUUUAACCCAUUUCUCUCUCUCUCUCUCUACAUUCCUCCACCCCCAAUGAAGAACACCAAAUGUUGCAGUCUCUUUUCCCUUCAACUCUCCCAUGGACGGAAACAGCAACGACGAGGUUAGAAGUGAGAGUGCUAGCCAUGACAUCUACAACGCGAACAAGAGUCCAUUAAAAAGCGUGACUAGUAGCAGCACCACCGGAGACCAAUCCCAAUCCGACAAGAUCAAGAUGGUGAGGAAAAGGGCAGCUUCUGAGAUGCAACUCCAAAGUGGUGGCGACCCUUUUUACAACCGUAGAACAGCACCAUCCAAAACCAACAACAACUCUUUGGUUUGCUCUUACCUGGGCCUCCCACCACCCAGUAUUAGUCAUAAUAUUGACUCUGCAAAUGUUCAUAAAGCACAUUCAACAAACCACGUCACCAACAACCACUCCACUAUCACUCUCCCACCACCUUCCUGCAUAAACCCAAUUAGUGUGACAUCAACCUCAGCCCAAAUGGACUCUCUCUCUCCUCAUCUUCAUCAAGCAACUCCUCAAACCCAGUCCUCUCCUGCUCUCUGUGUUUUCUCCGGCUUGCCCUUGUUUCCCCCUUCCGAGAGAACCCGAAACCAACCCGCUCCACAACUACCCGCUCCCACAUCUGUUGCUUCUCCAUCUUCCUUUUCUUUUACUUCUGGUGCUAACUCUUCAAUGGAGGAGACUGCGGCGGCGACCGCGUGGAUCGAUGGUAUCAUAAAAGAUCUGAUCCACAGCUCCACCCAUGUUUCCAUUCCUCAGCUUAUCCAAAACGUGAGGGACAUCAUCCACCCUUGCAACCCUAAUCUAGCCGCCCUUCUCGAGUACAGGCUCCGGUCCUUAACGGAUCCGUCCCCCAAUUAUCCAGACAGACGAAGGGAGGUACCUCCUGCAGGGUUACAUCAGCACCAGCAAGCACAGGUGCAAGGGUCUUCCGGACUUAAACUCUUUGUAGAGUCGGGUUUAAGCAACUUAGCUUACACAAUUCCGGAUUACAAUGUUAGCCCCCAGUUCUCGAAUUGGGGCCUAACAUUGCCCACCACAACCACCACCGCCUCAGCCACGGGAAACACCCAUCAAUUACACACCAAUCCCACUUGUGCAUCCUCGGUUCCGCCCGAGCUGUCACUAAAUCAAGUGCAGCAACAGGCUUCGGAACCUCGGCCUCAGAUACAGCAACAACAGCAGCAGCAACAACAACAAUCUAAUCAAUCUCCACCCGUUGAGGUAGCUACCGAAACAACAGAAACAUCGGCAAAAGCAGCAUUGAUUAGAGACAAGAAAGAAGAAAUUCGUCAGCAAAAGAUCGACGAAGGACUUCACCUACUGACAUUAUUGUUGCAGUGUGCGGAGGCCGUGGCAGCAGACAACUUUGAGGAGGCAAACAGCAUGCUACUCGAGAUAUCCGAGCUGUCAACGCCAUUUGGGACAUCAGUGCAGCGUGUGGCUGCAUAUUUCUCCGAAGCCAUGUCCGCAAGACUGGUGGGCUCGUGCUUGGGCAUCUACGCGGCGCUUCCCACAGUGCCGCACGCUCAGAAGGUGGCCUCGGCCUUUCAGGUGUUCAAUGGGAUCAGUCCUUUUGUGAAGUUUUCACAUUUCACGGCCAAUCAGGCAAUUCAGGAGGCGUUUGAGAGGGAGGAGAGAGUGCACAUCAUAGACCUUGAUAUUAUGCAAGGCCUGCAGUGGCCGGGCCUAUUCCACAUUCUGGCGUCGCGGCCUGGUGGGCCGCCACUCGUGCGGCUCACCGGGUUGGGCACGUCCAUGGAAGCAUUGGAGGCAACAGGGAAGCGUUUGUCUGAUUUCGCGGAGAAAUUGGGGCUUCCGUUUGAGUUUAUUCCGGUGGCGGAGAAGGUUGGGAAUUUGGAUCCGGAGAGACUGAAUGUGAGCAAGAGGGAGGCUGUUGCAGUGCAUUGGUUGCAGCAUUCGCUUUACGACGUCACCGGAUCCGACACCAAUACUUUGUGGCUCUUGCAGAGAUUGGCACCAAAAGUGGUAACCGUGGUAGAGCAGGACCUGAGCCAUGCAGAUUCGUUCUUGGGAAGGUUUGUGGAGGCCAUACACUACUACUCAGCACUGUUUGAUUCAUUAGGAGCGAGCUAUGGGGAGGAGAGCGAGGAGAGGCAUGUGGUGGAGCAGCAGCUGCUGUCGAGGGAGAUCCGGAACGUGCUGGCAGUGGGAGGACCUUCCAGAACUGGUGAGGUGAAGUUCAACAACUGGAGGGAGAAGCUGCAGCAGUCUGGCUUCAAGGGUGUGUCUUUGGCAGGCAAUGCCGCGGCUCAGGCCACCCUCCUUCUCGGGAUGUUCCCCUCCGAUGGGUACACUCUUGUGGAGGACAAUGGCACUCUCAGGCUUGGUUGGAAGGACCUGUGCUUGCUCACUGCCUCCGCCUGGAGGCCGUUCCACACCACCACCACCCACCACUUCCCACACUCUGUGAACUAGUUGAUGCUGCUUCAAUGAUGCACCAUUCCACUUGGGGAUUGGCUUCUUUUGUUGGCAGUUAUAUGGAGAUGUGGAAUGAGCUUUCAAGUUUCUUGUUUACAGAUAAAUUUUCCUUGGAGAAUGAUACUUAGACCUAAAAUUCUAAAUGACCAUUUAUAUCCUUUGAACGAAGUGAAUAUUAGAAUUUUAGGCCUAGAAUCAUUAUCCAUUUUCAUUGGGUUCUUAGCUAGCCUGGACUGCAAAGCUCGAUGGGAAUUUGGUUGAUAUAUAUAGUAAAGGCAUGUUUGGAUGUCCCACUAAAA